AUGAGUGAUUGGGAUGUCAUAGGAACCCCAGCCGCCGUUGCUUCCGAUGAUGGAUAUGAAGAGGAAGAGGAGUGGUAUGAUGAUGAUUUCAAUGAUUAUGAUGAUGACUUCGAAAAUCAAUCAGAAGAUGAAGAUUAUCCUUAUCCACCAAGGAUCACAGCAUCAUCAUUCCAAAUGCCAGUUAUCAAGAUCAGUGGAUCUGUUGGCACGAAAGUUAGGAGCAAUACUCGUUCGAAACGUGAAGAUAGACUUGCAUACAGGCAUAGAACUGGAGCAGGUAUCAGAAAGGGACUAUUAACAACUGGAAACGAUAUUAAUGAGUCCUUAAGGUUGUAUAACGAAGGAUAUGGCUCUUACAACGAUUGCGUUCUCGAAUUAAGAGAAGCAAAUGCUCCUGAACUAAUUCCAGACUACGAAAAGAACAAACCAGAAGUUCCAUCUGGUGCUGGUUCAAAGAUUAUCAACAUUACUCGUGUCAAAAAAGGCACUCUUUCCAAACUUCGCGAUGGACGCAACGUUUCUAAGGAUGAUGUCAUCACUCAGAAGAUUGAUCUCGAUCCUAAGCAUUAUUGGGAUCACAUCUCCCAUCAAUUAAUGGAAGAUGGACAAUUCGUCCAAGGAAAGUACGAUGUUUUCCACGACCAAGCAAUUAAUGAACGUGCAUCCCUCGGAAUUGGAAAUUCUGCCGAAAUGAACAGCCUUUACUGCUUCUGGUGCUUCUAUCUUCGUGAACAUUAUGAUGAAGAUAUGUAUCACGAGUUCCUUCGUCUUGCAAGAGAAGAUGUUGCUGGAGGAAGCCACUACGGUAUCGAAUGCUACUUCAGAUUCUGCUCUUACGGUCUCGAAAUCAGAUGGGAUGAAAAAGUCUUCAAAGAUUUCGAAAACGAAGCAAUGGAAGAUCACCGUCGCAAGUCAAAUUACGGUCUUGAGAAACUCCAAGCUUUCAGGGUUAACCAGAAGCACAGUUUCCCAAUUCCAUUCGAUCCAGAAAUUAUUAAAAUCUUGGAUCAGUAUCCAACGAUGAAAUCGUUCAGAGAACAGCCUAAAUCUCAAAACUCUGCUAAGCCAAAGCGCGAAAAGAACGCUGGAACGAAAUUAAUCAACAGCAUCAAGAAAGAACAGCCAGAUCCUCGUCGCGAGCAUCCAGAUUCAAAGAAAGAAGAUGGAGAAACCAAGAAUACUCAUCAACGCAAGGAACAACCAAAUCCACCAAAAUCUCAGCCAGUUCCACCUCAAAAAUCUCAACCAAAACCAUCCGAAAGAAAAGUACAGCCAAAUCCACCUGAAAAGAGGGAGAGAAAGCCACAGCCAAUACCUCCUGAGAUCAAAGACAGAAAAGGACAGCCGGAGAAGAGAGAAAGGAAGCAGCAACCAAAGCCACAGCCAAUACCCGAAACAAAUCCAAACAGAGGACCACAAAGAUUCAAGAAAUCUGACAGAAUUGAGCCUGGUUCAAGAAUCCAACCUUCUUCUGCUCCAAUGGACUCGUUGAUGAGAAGGAAAUGGUAA